CCCAGCCCCACGCGCCCUGCGCACCCCACUCUGUACCUGCUCUCUCCUUUGGGCCACACGUUCGCGUCCUGGGCCACACAGGUGGUGAGAGCAGAAGCAUCAUGUUAGCUGUGCAUUUUGACCAGCCUGGGGGCCCCGAAAACCUUUACCUGAAAGAGGUGGCCAUGCCAGAGCCAGGACCAGGAGAAGUCCUCCUCAAGGUGGUUGCCACUGCUCUGAACAGGGCUGAUGUGUUGCAGCGCCAGGGCCAGUACGACCCACCCCCCGGAGCCAGCAACAUCUUGGGCCUGGAGGCAUCUGGCCAUGUAGUUAAAGUUGGUCCUGGCUGCCAUGGGCCGUGGAAACAAGGGCACUCAGUAAUGGCUCUGCUUGCUGGGGGAGGUCAGGCAGAGUAUGUCACGGUCCCCGAAGGUCAACUCAUGCCUGUUCCCAAGGGGCUGACUCUCAUCCAGGCCGCAGCCAUCCCUGAGGCCUGGCUCACAGCCUUCCAGCUGAUCCAUCUCACAGGCCAAGUUAAGGCUGGGGAGACGGUGCUGAUACACGCUGGAUCCAGUGGUGUGGGCACAGCUGCUGUCCAGUUGGCCCGGCAGGCCGGAGCUAUUCCUCUGGUCACCGCUGGGUCUCUGGAGAAAAUUGAGGCAGCGCAAAAGCUUGGGGCUGUUGCUGGCUUCAACUACAAAGAAGAGGAUUUUUCAGCUGCAACAUUGGAGUUUACUAAGGGUGCUGGAGCCAACGUGAUUCUAGACUGUGUUGGCGGGUCCUACUGGGGGAAGAAUGCGGCAUGCCUGGCCACAGAUGGCCGCUGGGUGCUGUAUGGCCUGCUGGGAGGGGCAGAAGUCCAUGGGCCGCUUCUCUCCAAGCUUCUGGCUAAGAGAGGGAGCCUCCUCACAAGCCUGCUGAGAUCCCGGGACAAGAAGUACAAAGCGGAGCUGGUGGCGGCCUUCACCCAGCAGAUCCUGCCUCACUUUGCCCAGGAUGAGCCGGGGGCACUGAGGCCUGUGGUGGACAGAGUCUACCCCCUGAAGCAGGUGGCAGAGGCCUACGUGUACAUGGAACAGAAUAAGAACCUGGGCAAGAUUGUACUGGAGGUGGCCCCCGGACCCUGAGCACAAUAAACCACCCUGCUCCCUAA